CGACAUGUAUAAAUAAGCUCAUUUGUGAUUUAUUUUAUUUUCUCUUCUUUCUUUUGUCCUUUUAUAUUUUAUCAUGAAUUACUUUAUCUCACCACCUUCUUCGCCUACCUUGGGUCAUCGUGUGAUAUGCGGUGAAUGUGAUAAACCUCUUGCUGCUGACUGGUUCUGUGCAGACUGCCACAAGAAAUGCUCAACGUGCAAUCGCUUUCUUGGAUUAGACGAAUAUUGUACUCGAUGCUGGACAUUGGAUCCCGUUUCUCGGCAAUUGUUGCCAAAAUAUGCCCCCUCAUUUUCAGGACUGCCUUCACCCACUCAUUCUACUCAAAAACCAAGAUCAUCAUGAACAACUUAUGUAUAUUAUUCUCUGUAUUAUAAUUAUCAUUACUAUUAGAAUAUAUACAAGAUGUAUAUACCCCAAUAUCAAAUAAACAAACAUGUGCAAGUAACAUUAUGUCUAAUUCGCCUAAAUUU